ACGGCAACACCACAUCAGCAAAGGAAAAAGAGGAAUGAAAAAUACUAGUUUCUUUCCUGUAAAAAAACCCAAAAACCCACAAACUGAGCAAUUUCCCGAAAGUGUGCGCGUGUCUCAAAAGGGGCCGACAUCUCCCGUGGACUUACAGAGCAGCCGCCAUGGACGUCGCUCGCAGUCGCGCUUGGUUCCGCGCCCAGGCCUCACCUGUGGCGCUGACAAGGAUUCUGGGACUUGUAGUUCUGAUGGGUCCGAUCGCUGCCGCGGAGGUCCAGCUACCGAACAUCACCGAUCAAAGCUUCAUCGACUCGUGCGUCAAGGCGCACAACGGUCACCGCGCCAAAGUGAAGCCCCCUUCCAGCGACAUGCUCUACAUGACGUGGGACAAGGCAUUGGCGGAGAGCGCGUGGGCCUGGGCCAGGAGCUGCAAGUUCUCCCACAACCCCUUCCUGUCCAUGGCACGGAAGCUUCACCCCAAUUUCCACCCGGUGGGAGAGAACCUGUGGGUGGGAGACCCCGGCCCCGGCUUCUCCGCAGAGACGGCCGUGCAGAAGUGGGCUGACGAAGUGAACGACUUUGACUACAGCAACCUGACCUGCAGGCCCAAGAAGAUGUGUGGCCAUUACAAGCAGGUCGUGUGGGCCAAGAGCUACAAGGUUGGCUGCGCAGUCCACAUCUGCCCGAAUGGAGUCGAGGAAUUUUCAAAAAAGAAAUCCGCCAUUUUUGUGUGCAACUAUGGAAACGCGGGGAACUUUAAGGAUGUUCACCCCUACAGACCGGGGGCAGCCUGCAGUGAGUGCGCUGGGGACCAGUGUGAGAAGGGUCUCUGCCGUGACUCAAAAAGAGAUGAAGUGGAAAAUCUGAACUGGCGACCAGACUGGGGCCCCGGGGCCACUUCCUCUGCCUCCCGCCGUGCUGACUGCCUGGCAGUGCUGCUCACCAGGCCCCUGUCCCUCCUGCUGAUAUUCGCCGGGGUGCUGGGGCUCCAGGUCCUCGGCCCUCCAGACCUCUGAGGGGCGCUGUUGCUCAGCUGGGGGACCAGAUGGAGUUAGUGGUACACUGUGUUCUUGCAUGCUAAGAUAGUAUUUAUUUUUUAUUUUUUUUAGAAAAGUUAGUGUGGCACAUUCACAUACGCCCUCAAAAGUACAAAAUUAAUGAUUUAGAAAGCACCGCAGGUCGACGCCGCAGGUUUGAUGUUUGGUCUCGUUACCAUGGUUACCAUGGCGGCCAUUUCCUUUGUUUUUGAGCCAUCUUGUCCAGCCCUGAUCAGACAGAUAUUAGAACAGAAGAAACUAAACAUAUCCCAUAACCUGUAGGUCAGAGCCUGCCUGUUACCAUUCCUUCAGAGAGGAAAACCUAUACUCAAAAUAUAAAUCUUGGAUAAAUAUUCAUUUUGGAUAUUUUUUUCCCCCAUGUCACACACAGCAAAGCCAAGGCAAAAAUCACUUCAUAAAGCAUCGAUAACAAUCAAACGCACACUGUAAGAAAUCCGACCUACAGUGACUGCAAGAAUAAGAACACAUAGUAAAGACAGCUAUUAAAUAUAUAAUAUUAAUAGACAUAAAGCUUUGGGGAAGUCUUUUUAAAAGAAAACCUCAAAAUAACCUGGAUCACAGACAAAAUGAAUUUUUACAUCGGCACUCUACGUUUCUGAAGCCAAAGCUUUCCAGAUCUUACCUGCGUGACUGUCAUAUCUGUGUGCCAUUGUCCUGGGCAUGGCUUUCUCUGUCCUGACACAAUGCUGUUAUUUCAUAUGGGCGUGUACCCUGACCCACUCAACUCAACUAUCCGUAUCUUUCAGAACUAUAUUGUGUGUAGAAAUGAAUAGUGUGUAUUUGUUACACAGAUAUAACCAUGCUAUAGUAUUUCAGAUUCAUGGACCAUGUGAAACAGCAGAAAAUAUCCACGCUUUUAGACAUAUGUACAUUAAAUCUUUACACAGCUGAAA